AUGCAACGAGAUACUGAACUGUGGGCAGUGCCUCGGAAAGAUGUAAGGGAGGAAACCCCCUUCCCUGAAGAGGAAGAAGUGAACGUCACGAUACCCAACGGUGAAGAUUUGAAAACGGAAGCCAACGAGGAACCCGUAGACAGCUUGGAAAAGCGUGUUGAUCGAGCAACCUCAGUUCUUGCAGUUAUAAUUGGAUGGACUCUCUGUGUUCUCGUCGUGCUUUUCUUGGGAUUUAUUGUCUUUGGUAUUCUCUACUCUGGAAUUCAUUAUCAUGGCGAUAAGUGGCAUGAGGAUUCCGACGGUCAAGAAAAAUGUUCCACCCCAUUUGGUGCAAUCAUUGGUGUCCAUAAUGAUGUGUUCGCGUACAGCAACUGUGAUGAGGACUAUAUAUCGAAGGAUUAUAAUACCCUUGCAUACACAGCAUUGAGUAACACGGGAUUGAAAUGGCAAUGUGUGGAAUAUGCACGCCGUUAUUGGAUGCUGCGUGGCUCUCCUGUGCCUGCAACCUUCAGUUCUGUGGAAGGCGCUGCGGAUAUUUGGGAACUGCAGUCUGUGCAGCUGGUGAAUGGCGCCAAAACACCGUUGCUGAAGUACUCGAAUGGACUCUCAAUCAGUGCUGGUGGAUCGGCUCCACGUGUGGGCGAUUUGCUUAUAUACCCGCGGCAGAAGGGAGGAUUUGUGUACGGACACGUGGCAGUUAUUGUGGAUGUGUUGAGUGCCGCUGUUCUCGUGGCUGAGCAGAACUGGGACAACACCGUGUGGCCAGGCCCAUUUCACAAUUACUCUCGUUCCAUUCCUAUGCAGUAUGAUGCGAACAGCAAGGCAUAUACACUCAAGGAAUCCGAUGAUAUUAUUAUUCAAGGCUGGAUGCGGUACAGUAAGUAG